AUGUCUGUCUGUGCACGCUGCCCUUGGAGACGGCUUUGGAAUGCGGUCCGCUCUUUUUCUUCUUUUGUUGUUCUCUCUUUUUUUUUUUUUUUAAAUCUGUGUGGAACGUGGUGUUGCGUCGCGAAGGAAUUUAAGGUGCGACUGCGCUCACACACUUCCCCCUCCUUUUCCCUUCUUGCAAUGUCGCUUUUUCCCUUUCGUGAGGAGCUGCACAUCAACCAGCUGUAUGAAACGGAUGACAUCUACGACUUUAUUGGGCGUGGAACGUUCGCGUCGGUCUUCAAGGCGGUGAGUCUUGUGGACGGGGAAGAGGUGCGGAAGGGCGACGCCGUUGCGCUCAAGGUGUUCAACAAGCGCGACCUCACCUCCGAAAAGAUGCGGCUGGAUGUUAUCAACGAGGUGGAGGUGCUCCGGCGGAUAAACCACAAGAACUGUGUGCGCUUGUUAGACUGCUUUCACACACCACUUCAUGUUGUUAUUGUGAUGAACCACGUGGAAGGCGCGGAGCUCUUUAAGGCUCUUCGUGACACGGUCUUUACGGAGGCGCAGGUGCGUUUUGUGGCGCAACAGUUGCUUGAGGCGUUGGAUUAUCUCCACAACGUCGUUGGUGUUGUGCACCGUGACGUAAAACCAGAAAAUAUAUUAGUAAAGCCCUUUGGGAACGACGAGUUUCAUGUGACUUUGGUGGACUUUGGUCUGGCGCGGAUGCUCGCCCGCAGGGGCGGUGGACACCGGCGUUUGGGAGCCACACGGCUUUCACUGCGUGCAUUGCCAGAGCCAACAUCCGUGGAAUCCAUUGAUUCCCACUGCGACAGUCCGCUCAUCGCAACACCAUGCGGAACGCUGAACUACGCGGCACCAGAAACGGUGAAAAGUCUCACGCAGAGCGGCGGGCAACUCGCCACAACGCCCGACCUCCUCGCUCGCAUGGAUGUAUACGCCGUAGGUACCAUUCUGUACGUUAUGUUGGUUGGCAAACUUCCGUUCCGUCACUCCGGAAACAAGAUGCAACUUGUCAAGGAGAUGGAGGCUGGGCCACUCUUCGCCGAGACGCAAUGGAGCAGCGUGCCUCGCGAGGCCAUUGAUCUGACGAAGGCCCUUCUUUUCUUUGACCCGUCAAAGAGGCCGCGGGCGAGGGAGGCGCUUCAGUACGCCUGGUUCCAUCCGCAAGCGGCUGAGGAAGAGGGUAAUGGUGGUGGUGGUGGUAGCAGCAGUGUGGGUGGCUUGGACGAUGAGGGCUGGCAACUGCGUGAGUUCAUGGGAGAUCGGGAGUACAUGAAGCUGGCGUUUGGGGCAAUGAAGCCCCCAGAGAGCUCUUUUUACGACAAUGGCAACUCCUCCGUUGGCGGCCGCUGCAUUAGUGUCCCAUUUGGCUCUUCACGAUCCUCCGUGAAAUCAUAUUUUGGCUUCUGUCUGUAG